AUGUCAGAGCCGCAGCAAACACCUACACCGGAAAAUACUCCUGGGGGGAAGAAGCCCAGUCGGCCGGGGCUAGAGCGCAGCAACUCUGAUCAGUCGACGACGAGCGCUGACGACCAAGGCUAUGAAUCACGAUCCAGAUCCCAGUCCAGACGACGAAGACGGCAGAACCAACGACAGAGACAGGCUCAAGCUCGAGCUCAGGCGGGAAAUGCUUCUGCAACCUCGAUGGCCUCGAUUGACGAGGGCUACGAACCCCAACAGCAGCAGCAAGUAGCAAGACGAGCACAGCCUUCGAACCUGCACCCAGGAGAACAGGGACAAAAUCCGCAAUGGCUGAAGAAUCCUGACCCGCGCUCGAUAACUGCCUAUCAGCCGUUCGAGCGCAUCAAACCCCCUUCGGAAUCCAUGCAAGGGCCCGUGACAUACGCACGCAUGCUUCGGGGUGAGAUCCCGUGGCGAGGACCACCGCCAACCCAACCACUGGAGACCGCGCAACCCAUCGACGCCAAGGACAGCAGCGGGAAAGACCCCAUGGAUCAAGAUGGCUUGAAGCUCAGGCUAGAGCUGAACCUGGACAUCGAGAUUGAGCUCAAGGCCAGCAUCCACGGCGAUCUCACACUAGCACUCCUGUGA